CUAAGAAACGGAGGGUGGGGAGAAGAAGGAAGAAGAGGGAGAGAAAGAGCGAGAACGUGAUCUCCUCCAGGCCUCCGCCAGACAACGGGCAACACUCGCACGAACGCCGCGCUCGUAGGCGGUUCGUUCAUAACCUUCGUUCUUACCUGUUUCAAAGUCGUGGGGAGACGAAAAAACAAAAGAAAAUUCGGAAAAGUUAUUCACCUCUGUUCAUAAGUGUCUACCUGGAUUAUACCAACUGCACGUAUUGUUCCUUUCGUAACGUUCUACAAGGAAAGGGAAAAAAUACGAAAAAAAUUCAACCGGGCUAACACCUUCAUUGGGAUUCCGAGCAGAAAAUUAAAAAAAGCGCUGAGCUUCAGUCGCGCAGAUUCAAAAACAGCUGGUCACCCAAUACAACAAUGGUAAAUACCUCUAGCGCCAUGUCGUCGGAGCGGGCCAUCCCUGACCUGUGGGAUGUGUUUGGAUCGCGGGGCGGCGGCCUGGCUGUCCGACGAAACUCAUGGCAAAAGAUGCAAAAGCAGCUAUCCGAGGACGAACGAACCGUCACGGAAUUGUUCAACGAUCUUCACGUUCAUGCCGAUCUGCCAGCCGAAAACAAUUCGAUUCCUAGCAAACACAAAAACGGCAGCAAUCAUCGCAACAAGACGGACGAGUACAAUGAGCGUAACAAUAUCAGCAAUAACCAGCAAUCGAAUAAUAACUGGGAACACAUUGAAAAGCACCUGUCCAUGAAGAAGACGAUUCGUAAGAAGAUGAUGCGCGAUCUCCAGCAGGCUUUCAUCGACGGCCAAGAACCACCCGAUGCCGUUCAACGAUGGGAUAAUGUCCAGUUGGACGCCCACAAGGCCGGCAUCGAGCCCAAUUUGCUAGACAUGUUGAAAGAGAAGAAAACCGAACAACCCGUACAAUCGCAACCGAUUGCGCCGACCAAGAAGCCAGGCUUUUGGAAAAAAUUAACGAUGAGGAAAAGUAGCAGUAGUAAACGGUGAUUCAUUCCUACAAUAUAUUUAACCGCGUGCAACCACACCCACCCCAAUACGAAACACAAAAGAAAACAAAAAGAAAUUUCGCUAACAAGUUGAAAUCGACAAGUGACCGAUUCCAAUGACUAAUGAAGGUCGCUAUUAUAAAUAAAUUUACAUAACCUGGAACAAAAUUGACGAGGAUAAAUGACGACGUUUCGUGGCCUAUUCUAAUAACUUGUGUCCAUAAACCCUCACUAUCUCCCUCUAUCGUCAAAAGAUUUUCAUCAUUAUCCUUUUGUUCCACUCUCUGAUGUCCUUGUUAUUUUUCCUCCCCUUUCCUUUCUUUUGCGUCGUUCCCUGUGAUACACAACUGCGUCUUUUUUUUUGUUUUUUCUUUGCCUCACCACAUGCAGAUUUUCACUUACAGUAUAUGUAUUCUUUUUGUUUGUUUAAAAUAUGCGAGUGUAGAAACAUAUACACGAGAACAAAAAAAAAAUUAUGUUUGGUAAUCUUUUUUUUGUCUUUUUUUUUUUUUUUUUCGUGCACAUAUAGUUAUUCCAUGAAUACGACGAGAUGAUUGCCGGGUUAAGGGGUUAAAGUAAAA